AUGCCAGCCAGUCAUAAGCUACUGCCGAUGCCAGCGCAACUGAUGCAGCGCAGCAUGCCAGCACAUCUGAACAGUGCGCCUUGUCCUAGCUGUGAAGGGCGCGCCGCGCGUCGUCCACAUACACGCUGCAUAGCCACCCACAUCCUUUCUUUUCUCGGACGCUACCCUCGCACGACCCAACCCAGGGGUGAGCCCGCCAAGGCUCCGGGCCAGCCCGCCAAGGCUCCGGGCCAGCCCGCCAAGGCUCCGGGCCAGGCCGCCAAGGCUUCGGGCCAGCCUGACAAGGCUCCUGCAGUCUCUGCCGACACUGCUGGUGGUCCCGAAGGCUCCGGUGACGGUGGCCAUCUCCCUGCUUUUAUCGAAACUAUCGAUAAUUGUGUCGCUGUCGUAGCGGACAAGGAACUCGCCGCUGAAAAAGAAAAGGCUGAUGCCAGCCCGAUGGAGUUGAUAAUGUCACGCGCUAAAGGUCGGGUGUACGCUACUAAGGCCGCAGCUUAUGACGAGGAAGAGCGCGACGAACCCUUGGUGAACGACGAGCUGGUAGCCAAGGCGGGUACUCAAAAGGCGAUCGCGGAUGCAUAUUGCAAGGAGAACGCGCGUAGGGCGGGAGAAUUGAAGGACUGCCUCGUGCUUAUCACGCACCUUGCUAAGAAGGCCUCGGAAGUUGACGCCGGCGCUCUCACCUGGGAGGUGUACACCAAGAAGUCUUGCGAUGAGUUUCUGUUCAACCGAGAGAUGCUCAAUCUCUCUCCCGAUUCUGAUGACAUGCUGAAGUCGCUCAUAAGGCAUUCGGGCCACACGCCAGACUCACCCGAAGGCUUGAAAGUGGCUGCGAUUGCGAUGUCGCAAGGCAAGCUGAGGCAUGCCUGUGUGCGUUUCAAUGAUCGCAUCGGUAAGAUCUACCGACUUACCCGCAUCCACGCGUUGACUAACGAGCCCUGUGUCUUCAUGGGUGAGAAGCGUAGCCUGAAGGGCCUGAUUAUUUUCUACGAGCCCAAGGGUUUCCCUAGCAAGUGCAAAGUCUAUGUCACCAGGAACGAUUCCAAGUUUUUCGGAUUACCCUGGCAUGUCCUUAACGGAGUCCCAUUUUCCACCGACGGUUUUAUUCUAUGUGCUGCUCUGUGGGACUCUGAGUGGGACGGGUCCCUCCCGAUUGCCUUGUUUCAUGAGCAGCUUCUUGUGCUGCUUGCAGUGGUGCGUUCCAAAUUGCGCAAUCCCCGCUGCAACAAGGCCCAGUUCACGCGUUCCGGGGAUCCUGGAGCUCUCGCCAGGCAGGCACGGGUGGUGCAGCGUUGGAUCAACGCCAGCCAAGUUAAGCGCGAGGGAGAGUGCAUUGGCAUCGGGAAGCUAUGCAUCGUCGGUUGGACCGACAUUUCUGAAGAGGAGCUCGCUGGGGAUGAGCUUGGGGAUCUGUCCCCUGAUGAUCUUGUCCCGACCAGCGCUCAUCGCAGGGGUUAUGAUCCGAACCAGGUGCAGGUAGAACUGUUUUAG